CUCAAAAACUCAAAGCUUUCCAUUUCCUUCCUCUCCACUUUCAAGCCAUUAAGCUCUCUCUCUCUCUCUCUUUGCGACAUGGCUACAAAACCAGCUGAAGAAACUUCACAGCCACUGAAAUACCAGACAUGGGUCUUGAAAGUUUUUAUCCACUGCGAAGGCUGCAAGAAGAAAGUUAACAAAGUUCUUAAAGGCAUUGAUGGUGUCUAUACCACCCUCGUAGAUUCACAGCAACAUAAGGUUACAGUGGCUGGCAACGUUGACGCAGAGACUCUUAUUAAGAAGCUCUUGAGAUCAGGAAAACACGCCGAGCUCUGGCCACAAAUGCCUGAAACGAAGAAGGAGAAAAAACCCGAAAAGCCCAAGAAGAAUGACAAACAAAAGGAAGCUAAAGAUGGUCAGGAAAUUCAUGGGGAUGAUGAUGAUAAACAGGAUACACCUGAAAAGCCUGAAAACGCCAUUUCCGGUGACAACCCACAGGAAAGUGCUGACAUAAACGGUGGUGAAAGCAAGGAGGAAACUGCUGCUGGUGGAGGUGGUGGCAAGAAAAAGAAGAAGAAGAAAGGACAAACGGGUAAUGGCGGCAGUGAAAAUGUUGGCGAUGCAACUGCAGCUGCAGGCCCAGACCCAGCUGGUUCUCCUAUGGAUACUCUCGAACCGAUUCCAUCUAUGGCCAAGAAGAAUCUGGGUCCCCCAAAAAUCGACCCUCCAAAUCACCAAGGAUAUCCCCAUCCACCACCUAUGUAUUAUCCUCCUCCAACUCCAAUGUAUGGAGUAAGUUACAAUACAUCGUAUCCUACUGCUAAUACAUCGUACUAUGCCCCUGCCAUGCAUGCUUAUUCAUACUCCCAACCACCCAGAUACAUGCCCUUUCCACCGUCUGAUCCAAUCCAUAAGUUCUAUGGUGAUCAUCACGAUGAUGAUAACGAAGCUUUAUGCUCUAUUAUGUGACCCAACAUUGAGCGAUAUGCAACAAGGGGUUAUACAUAUAUAUUGGUUAAUAAACUAGCAUAAAUCAUAAAUGUAUUGGGGAUGGAGAGAGAGAGGUUUAAUUUUGUAAGAUGCAAUAUAUCUAGCAGGUCUUGUAACUAGGGAGAAAUAAAAAGGUUUGUUAUGGGAUUUGGAGGGUUUUUAGUUUUGGUUUGUCUUUAUUUAGCUUGUUUAAUUAGUUGAUAAUUAAUUGGAGUUUGGUUAAUUAAUUAAGCGGGUCAAGCCUGUUCUUGUAUGUUAUUAUGUUGUAAGGUUUUGGUCGUUUGUUGUAGUUGUAGGUCCUGAAAAAAUCUCACUUUUCAUCUCUCUUAUGUGUAAAGUAAAGCUAUAUUCAUUUGUUUA